AUGGUUACGGCUCUAACAACUACAGCAGAUAAAGCUUCUAAUGCAUUAGUCGCAUCUCGAAUGAAAAAUGGUCGCUUUAUUAAUUCAUUCAAUCCCCAAUAUAAAUCGCCCCAUCUAGGGCUUGUUUUAGUCUGGAAGAUGACUUCAUCGGACAAUACACGAUCGCCAUCUAAUAAAAAAGAACUUGAUAAAAUGUUACCCGUUAUUCGACAUAAGAAAUCCGAAGAACUAUAUCGAACAAAAUUCGGUCUACGAUUUAUCUGGAUUGGACAUGCUUCAUGUUUUGUUCAAAUGAAUAAUUUUCGAUUUCUUGUCGACCCAAUUUUCAGUGAACGAUGUGGUAUGGCAUCAUUUAUUGGACCGAAACGUUUCCGUCCACCGGCAUUAUUAAUAAAUGAUCUACCCGAUGAUCUCGAUGCUAUAUUUAUUUCACAUAAUCAUUUUGACCAUCUCGACUAUCCUAGUGUAAAAGAAUUAAAUAAACGUUAUGGUAAACAACUAACUUGGUUUUGUGGUCGAGGUACUCGAAAAUGGUUUCUCGAUAAUCAUGUAAAAAAUAUUGUCGAGCUCGAUUGGAGUCGUCGUACUGCAUUCGAUAUGAACAAAUCUUUAUGGGGCGGUUUUAUUGUCUGGAAUGCUACACACAAAUUUUACUUUGCUGGUGACACAGGUUAUACUCAGAACAUUUCAAUUUUUCGACAAAUUGGUGAAAAAUAUGGUUCAUUUGAUUUAAGUGCCAUACCAAUCGGUGCUUACGAACCACAUUGA